AUGAAAAAUGGCUUAUAUUUGAGCAUAUUUUUCCUUGUUAUAGGAAUUACACAGUCUGUGCUUAUAGAACUCAGCAAGAAACAUAUUAUAGACAGACUUAUCAUAGAUUCUGGAUUUUUCUAGAGUAGUAUAAAUAGAAAGCUGCAAUAACUUCAUCGUCCAAGAUUUGAAGUAUCAUUAGAUUACUCUACAUUAGUUAUUGAAGAUCCAUAUGACUCUUACUAAAAGGCUAUAAAGUACACAAUCCAAGGAAAGGCAUCUGAAGAGUUUUUUACUUCAGUCGUGCUGACUAGGCUAGUACCAUCUCAGCCUUGGGAGAGCUAUAAGAACAAGUUAGUAUGUGAAGUUCAAAUAUAUGGAAUUGAGGAUGAUACUGAAUUGAAAAAUGUUGUGGAAGCUGUGGUUUCUAGAAUGGCUCAUAUCUUUUCUGAUUGGACGAAUAACGCAAUGUAGGAGUCAUAAGAAUAAUUUUACAUUUCCCAUCUUAUCAUGUAUAUGUUUACAAGAGAUUCAGAUUAUUACUACACUAAUGGCGAAUCUUUCUUUUAUGAUUACAGCGGUCAUGAGCUUGUUAAGGUACUAGGUGAUACUACUGAAGUAACUUAAAGCUUAUACUAAAAUGUGCCAAAGCAUCAAUAGCCCAGAUAUCUCGGAAUAACAUUGAAUGAUCAACUUUUAAAGAAAGUCCUUUUGGUUCCAGAGAUAAUUAAGAUGAAUGUAUUUAAGGCCUCUGUUGUUUUCACUAAAUUAGAAAAUCUCUAUCAUGAAAAAGAACUAGUCAAUAUCAUCUUCAACCCUAAAGAUACUUAAUUGAGCUGGUUAGAGAGUGCAAUAAAUAACAUUAAACUUGAAUUCAAGCAGGAUAGAAUUGAAGCCAACAUUGGCAAUAUUGAGGAUGAGCAGAUGAUUGCCAAAGGGUUAAUAAACUUUUUCUUUAGAAAAUUCUUUAGAAAACUUACUUCAAAACCAUUGCAAAUCCCUGAAGGAUUUCCUAGAUUUGAUCUCGAGUCUAUCUUAGAAAGCUUUAAGCUUAAUGUAGGUCCUGGUUAUUUAGAUUUUUCAAUUGAAAAUUUGGACUUAAAUAUGAUUCCUCAUUAUGGUUUUAACUUUGUUACUAUGGUCAGAGACGUUUCAACUGGAUACAACAAUGAUGAAAGAUAUAAAAGAGAUGAAUACAAUAGAUAGCAAGAGAUUGAAAGAUUGCGAAAAUAGCAAUAAGAGGAAAUUAAGCGACGAGAAGAAGAAAGAGCAAGAAACUAAUAUAGCUAUUUAUGA